AGGAACCUAAAGAAGAGAAAACCCAACCAGAGCCAGAGAAAAAAGAUGAAGACAAACAACCAAAGAAGGCUUUGAGGCCUCCUGGUGGUGGAAUACGUCUCGGUGUUAUGGGUGGUGAUAUGUUGGCUCAGCUGAGACAAAAACAACAGAACAGAAAAUUGGUGGAUAAAACUCCGAGUGAAGAAACUAAGGAAAAGGAAGCAGUAAAGCCACCAAAGACAGAAACAGCAGUAUCACCCAAGCCUUCAGAAACAAAGGAUGACACGAAAUCCAAGGAGAAAACUCCAAUAUCUGUCUUAAAGCUGGUACAUGACCAGAACAGACCAAAACCAGCUCCUCGUCCAAACAGUAACAGUAGCAGGACAUCGACUGCUUCCAGGACUUCCACAAUUGGGGAAGAUGGAGAAACUAAAGGUCAAAAACCUGCUCCAAAACCACGCCCUAAUCCACCUCCAAAACCCAGGGGAAGUGUCAAGAGUGAUGAUGGAGAGAUUGAAAAUUCUGGACCAGUUCUUAAAACACGCCCAAAUCUUCUUCCAAAACCUCGGGCAAAUGUCAAAAGUGACCGUAAUUAACAAGGCCCUUUGUGAACCCUAUAACAAACCACAGUCAAGUCCACUGCUUAAACUUAUGUUAAUGCCAGAUUUAUUGAUGUCAUGUAAAAUGAAAGUACACUAUUCAAGCACUUCAUUGAAUGAUUUAACUGAGUGAUGUCAGAUGAUAAGACAAAAGUCUAUGUAAUUCACUGCAGAAUAUCACAGCAGAAUGCACCAAACGAAUCUCUGUUAUAUGUGCACUGCAAGUAUUUAUAACCACAAGCACCAAAACCCAAAUACGUUCGGUUAAAUAUUUUUCACAGCAGGUUUAAUGUAAUAAUAACAAGAAUUACUGUG